AUGCAGCAGAAAAAAGGAGUCUGUUUUGGUGGAGCCGAUCAACACCUGGCCACUUUUCAUUCCAAAUUUGACUUGAAUGAUCUUGGGCUCACAAAACAAGCUCUACUCAUUGCAUUGGGAUUUUAUGUGUUUUAUAUAUCAAGUGCAGAUCCUCUUCUGGCCCGACAGGUCCAUCCGGAUAAAAACCCCAAUGAUCCUCUUGCAGCUCAAAAUUUUCAGGCGAGACUUCAUUCCAAAAUACCACUAGAAAGAUCUUAAAUUAUGAUGCCAUUCUCUAGAAAUAUUUACACAUGUUGCCUAUAGUUUCAGAUUACCUCAUAUAUCUCAUGUCGCACACACACCAAAAACUGAUACAAAACAAGCAAGAUGAAUGGAGGAUAAAGACAUCAUAUCCCAGGAUGAAACACUGGGCUGAAUAUUCAUUUGUUCAUGCCUUGGGUCAUUUGGAACUUUUCCUCUUGUAAAAUAUUGGAGCUUUUGUUUGUCAAAAAGAAUUUUGGA